CUUUAGUUGUUAUCAGUCAUGCCAAGUUAACGUAAAAAAAUGUUUACUUCAGAAAUCGUGAAAAUUCAAAUUUUGCCUUUUUUAGGUUUUGUUUAAUGUUGUUAUGCUAUGCAAUUAAUUAUUAUUAUCUUGUUAACUACUUGUCAAGUUGUCAGUAGGCUAAUCUUGUCAGUAGGCAAUUUUUCAGCUUUUAGAAACGCGUAUUGAAACCUGGCCGCUAGAUGACGGAGAGCGGUCGUCUAAUAGUUUGUCUGCUGCUGCUGCAGCAUUCGGCUUAUAAUUGUUGAUUUAUUGUUGUUCUUCACUUGCUGCAGUAUCUUUGCUGUUUACUUAGUGCGGCGACCGAAAAACACGCAGAUAUUUUCAUGGCUAGCCAUGAAUUUUCGAAAGACUCGAAAUCUAUUUUUGUUUUUACGUUUUCUUUGGUUCUGCUCCAUUGGCUAGUCUGUGCUGGAGGAAUUAUGAGUGAAACUGAGCCUUCUUCAUCCUAUGUUGAAGAAGAGCAUCAUUCAGAAGAUCAUGAACUUGAACAUGUCAAACAUCGCUUAGAAAUAUUGCCAGAAGCUCCUCUCACAGGGUUUGCACUUGUCAAGAGAGUGGAUGAGACACUCAAUCUCACCUGCCAAGUUGUGAGAGAAUCUGGACCAUUUGUUAAAUUUCAACUAGAAUGGCAUCUCCCUCAACAUAGUGCAAAUCGAAUGCACAAUAUCUUCAAUAAGCCUGGAGCUAUAAACACCCUUCAUCUGACAAUAACUAAAUUACAGGAGUCUGAUAGUGGAAUGUAUCGUUGUAUUGCCCGUGGUGAAAAAUUAACACAACUACAACAUUCGGUUGAUAUUAGUAUUUUACCAAGAAAAGGAACUUGUGGUGAUAACAUGUUCAUGUGUUCUUCCAAGUCUUGCAUACCUCAACGUUAUAAAUGCGAUGGCACUCCAGAUUGCGGUGAUGGAGCAGAUGAAUCCAAAGAAAUUUGUGGUGAAUCUCCUUGUGACGGUAAAUUGCACUGUGACGAUGGUAGAUGUAUAUCGAAGAAAGUCUGCUGUGACAAGUACUAUGAUGCAAAUUGUACAGCAACCUACGAAAUCCCUUGUUGCGGCAAGCUGCUCAAUUUCCUUGCGCCAGACUUUCCCCUUCAAACGCACCAUCAGUUCCACGAAAUCGGUUUUCUCCAGUCUACAAUGUAUACGAUCAUAGGUUGUGCCGUUGCUUUCGUUUUGAUCGUUACUUUCACAGUUAUUACCGUGUGCCGCGUGCACAUGCGUCGCUCGGCACUUCCCAACGCCUAUGCCGCAUACCGAUCUGACACCAGAGUAUGGAGUGAUCUAGAUUCGUAUUUAGCAACUUCCAAUAACAGAUGGACACGUGGACUGCUCCGAUCUGAUUUGAGUCGAUCUCCUGGCUUAGUCUUGAACUCCUAUGGGGAUGCAGGCGGCCCUGGACCCAAUACCAGCCUAUUAGUCACGUAUAAUAUUAAUAAUGGCGUCCAGCUAAUGGGUCGACCUGUCGAACCACCUCCCUACGAGGAAGUGGCCGCUGGUAGACACGCUACUGGUAACCGAGAUGAGCCACCACCUCCUUAUGUCUCACGAGAGAAUCUUAGCACUGACGACUGGUCGGCGACUCGUAAUGUCAACAGCAAUAAUACUAGUAACAACGUCAGCAAUGGCCCGUUCCUCUCAGCUAUUUUCUCACUUCUAGUAAAUAACGCACAACCGUUGCCUGUCCAACCACAGCUGGCUGAAAGAAUAGUUCCUCACGCACCUGCGCCUCUGGAGUUGGCCGCUGAGCGUGUUGAGGAAGACAACAACAACGGGGAUAUCAACGGAAAUAACACGGGGCAGAUCUGGGUCAGGCCCAACUUCAAUAACCGCGCCCUUCAAAAUCCAGAAGCCAACACGACAGAACAGCCACAGCGACCAUCAUGGAUGAAUCCGUCAUCUGACCCUCGCGGUAGCCCCCCUUCCUAAAUAGCUUCCAAAAUCGCUAUUGCAGUUUAAAAACGGAAUGACUUUUAACAUUUCUUGUUUCGUAAUGUAACAGAUUACUAUCAUAUCUAAUCCUUUGACGUGCGUAUGGGUUCAAGUGCAGAAAAUGAUCUGUUUUACGGCACAUGUGUGAACUUUUGACCUCGAUCGCAUAUGUCUACGGCAUUUCUUCAUUUUUAAUCACACAACUAUUUCUCAGUAUCGUCGACAAUGCAUGUGCCAAUCUCUUGUACAGUUUCUGAAAAUUUUCUUCUCGUCCCAUUUAAUUCGUGUUUUUCCUCCAAAGUGAAACACUUUGUCUUUAAAAAUUCGGGUCAGUGUUUGUAAAAAUUUUUAGAAAAAGAAAACGUUAACCGUAUCCUAAUAGACAUAACGAAAAGAUGCAUUUUAAGCCAA